AUGAAGAGGAACGACAAGUCCUGCUGCAGCCGCCAAUGCCACUUCGGCUGCUGCUGUCGCGCAUCUCGCCGGGCUCACCACGCGCCUUACUGGUCCGGGGACGAGGCGCGAGCCCCGCAGUCCCCACGGCAGCCCCCGGGCCGGGAAAGACGGCGCCCAGAGCUGGCCGGGAGCUGGGCGGCGGCGGCCGAGGAGGAAGAAGCGGCCGCGGUGGCCGCGCCCUGGGUGAGAGAUUAUUUUGCAGAGGACCAUGGGGAGAUGGUACCCAGAACAAGUCAUGCAGCAGCUUUUCUUAGUGACACUAAAGAUCGAGGCCCUCCGAUACAGUCACAGACCUGGAGAAGUGGUGAGAAGGCCCCCUUUGGGCAGACAUAUUCCUUGAGAGCAUUUGAGAAACCCCCUCAGGUGCAGACUCAAGCUCUUCGAGACUUUGAGAAGCACCUCAAUGACCUGAAGAAGGAGAACUUCAGCCUCAAACUGCGCAUCUACUUCCUGGAGGAGCGCAUGCAACAGAAGUAUGAGGCCAGCCGGGAGGACAUCUACAAGCGGGUGAGUGCGGGGCUGGAUGCUCUGGGGGCUGAUGUGGAGAAUCCCAACAGCCAUAAUGAAGCCGAGCUCCGGCGCCAGUUUGAGGAGCGACAGCAGGAGACGGAGCAUGUUUAUGAGCUCUUAGAGAAUAAGAUCCAGCUUCUGCAGGAGGAAUCCAGGCUAGCAAGGAAUGAAGCCGCACGGAUGGCAGCUCUGGUGGAAGCAGAGAAGGAGUGUAACCUGGAGCUCUCAGAGAAACUGAAGGGAGUCACCAAGGACAGGGAAGAUGCACCAGGAAACCAGGUCAAGCCUGACCAAUACACUGAGGCCCUGGCCCAGAGGGACAAGUAG